GAGUAAGUCUAAAGACACACCCUACUGUAGGCUGUUUAGCAGCAGUUUAUCCUCCUCAACAGCUUUUAGAAGAGGAACGACACUUUUAAUGAACUAAGGAACUAUGGCGAAAACUAUUAAAGAUCACCUGCAAGAUACUUUUGAUGAUCUGGGGGAGGAAAAUCAGAAAAAGUUUAAAAGCAAACUGUGCGACCGGAAGACAGAGCCUCGCGUACGACGAGCUGCAAUCGAAAAAGCUAAUGAUUCUAUAGAUCUCGCCGAUUUAAUGGUGAACACUUUCACAUCGACUGGUGCUGUUCCUGUAACAAUCGAAAUUUUACAAGCUAUUUGCUGUAAUCAACAAGCAACGGAGUUCAAAGAGAACACAGGACAAUUUUCUGUGCACGUGUAUGGAUGUGCAACGUGGAGAUUUACUGUAAGAGUAUCGUUAACUUUAACUUGUUUUUCAGCAGCUCCACUUGUUCCUUUACCAGGCCCAGGCGCUCCAUCUAAUGAGCACUUCAUCGACAGGAAUCGGACAAAGCUGAUAAGACGAGUGCAUAAUGUAGAUGCCAUCCUAGAUGAACUUCUAGACAAGAAAGUCAUCACAGAGGAGGUUUACAGUAACAUCCGUGCUGAGAAAACCCCACAAAUCAAGAUGAGAGAAUUAUUAAUGGGCCCAAUUAAAUCUGCUGGCACUAAAGGGAAAGAUGCCUUAUACAACGCUCUCAAGGACACUGAUGUUUGCUUGUUAGAAGACCUGGAGCAUCAGUGAAAACGCCUGGAUAUUUUUACAUUUAAUGUUUUUUAUUUACUUGUUGUCUAAUUAGUAUACAGGAUACAUAACGAAAGCAAGGAACUUCCAUUUCACAAUAACAGCAAACAAAUGGUGUUUUAACAUUUUAACUUGCCAUUGUUUGAAUGUUGUUUCCCAUACUUUUUUCUUAUCUUUUUAUCACCAGUCAAUAAACAAGCAAAUCAAGAAACCAGAUGAUUUUUAUUUUAUUUUCCGCAAACCAUUUUCGUUUUUUCAGACUGAUGUAAUUCACGAUUAAAAUGUUUAUUUAUUCAGACUCUUUAUAUUCCUUAUUCAACUUUGCAUAUAAUGUCUUAUGAAUACAAUAUGUUGUAUUUGUUUUUAUUGCUAUGUGAGCUUAGUCAAUGCAAUGCUAUACUACUGUAGAAAUGCCACUAGAAAUAUACAGAGGUUUAUAUUGGCUGCAAGACUAGUCCUCCUCACCAUCCUCAUUAUUAAAAGAAUAGUUCACCUCAAAAUGAAAAUUUACUCUCCCUCUGGUAAUCC